GUCCCCCCAGGUGGAGAUCACAGCGCUACAUCCUGGCCUACUUCCUCCUCGGAGGCAUGAUGAACAUCUUCUUCCAGAGAACCAACUUCAGCAUCGCCAUCAUCUGCAUGGUGAACCACACGGCCGUGGCGCAACUAGGGAGAGGAAGACUACACCACAACAACAACAACACAUCGCUUCACGAACUCACAGGCUCACCAAAUAACGCGUCCAACAACACGUCCAGAGCUCAUUUACUUAAUCUCUUCCAUAACCAAGCGGGAUUUGGAGCUCUGAACAACAACAGCAGUUCAGUUUCGUCUUCGACGAAGAAUUCUUCAUUUCUAGAUUAUUCACUUUCUUCUUCAAAUGUGACUACAUUUCUGAGUAGUGGUGGUGGUAGUGGUGGUGAUGGUGAUGGUGAUCGGAGUAUACGUGGUGGGGGAUUUCCCUAUAUGAUGAGGAAUGUCAGUGGAGAUAUACUUCGUGGUGUGACGACAUGGAAAUAUAACAAAGACGAUUCGGGUGAGAGGGUAGAUUCUGGGAGCGGAGGUGGUGGUGGAAGUGGAGGCGGAGAGGAUACCUGUGCUAGCCGUGGGGCAGGUGGAGGAGAGGAGAAAGAGGACGGCCCGUUUGUGUGGGACAAAACGACCCAAGGUCUCCUCCUGGGAGCUCUGUUCUGGACGUACCUUCUGCUGACCUUCCCUGGCUACCACCUGGUGCGCAACCGUCAGAAGCGUCACGUGAUCAUGGUCUCCAUGCUGGUGAUGAGCGUGACGUCACUGCUCAUCCACGGCGCCGCCCUGCUCAGUCCCUGGGCCGUGUUUGUCAUCAAGUUGAUUCACGGCGCCUGUACGGCAGUGAAGGUCCCGUAUGGCGCCAUAAUGACGUCACCCGCCGUAUGGGCCCUGGUGUGUGCACAGUUCAGCUUCACCUGGGGGCUGUUCCUGUUUCUGUCCACCCUCCCUCAAUACAUGAACGAGGUUCUCAAGUUUGACGUUAAGUCGAACGGCGUGUUCUCCAUGCUGCCGUACAUAGCCCUCAUGCUGGUUGUGCAAGUGUCCGGGCCAAUAGCUGACGUCCUGGUGAAGAGACGCUACCUCAGGGUACCCUGGACCCGGAAACUCUACCUCAUCAUCGGUAACUUCACACCGGCGGUGAUCCUGAUAGCCUUAAGCUUCUUGGAUUGUACCCAGUCUGGGCUUGCGAUUGUUCUACUCACAGUGGCUGUGGGGUUCUCAGGUUUCAACAUGACGGGAUGGCUGGUGUACCCCUACGACAUAGCGCCGCCGUACGCCCCACAAAUCAUGGCCAUCGGGAACUCUUUCGCCUGCGUGCCGGGUAUCCUUACACCCUACGUUGUGGCGGCUAUCACCGUAGAU